UCUCUCCUCCCUCUUCCUGAAUGGACGAACAGGCUACCUUACGGUCCACGCCUCCCUGUCCCCCCCCACGUCUCUCAUCCACUGCUCCGUCCACUUUCAUCAAGACGUCGCUCGUCUCGCUGCAGCUUCUCGGUUCUUUAUUGAGCGGUGAUAGAAACCGGAGCGUCACUUAAAGGACUCAUCUGAAGUAAAUCACCGCUCACACUUCUUGUGCACGCUUUUUUUUUUGUGUGACCCACCAGGCUUCACAUAUCACCUCUCUGCCUUGCAAGAACAUUGUGUCCUUUUUUUGUUACGGUGGGGGAAAUGACUGCCAAGCAUCGGAAAGGGAAAAGCAACCACAAACAAGAAGAGAACUUUUUCAAAAAUGAUGUUGUGGAGACUGAAGUUCGCGCUGGAGGAAAUAAUCACGCUCUCCUCUUGGUUUUAUUUCUGAUGAUUGUGAUCGGCGGUGCCAUCGGCGCAUGGUUCUGUGUCCAACAGAACCAAACUUUAAGUCAAUUGACAGACAAUCUCAUGGGCAUGCAGAUGAAAAUAGUCAAACUUCAGUCUUCCCACGAAGAAAUGCGACAGUCAAGCAGUAAGCAGCACAUUUCAGAGAGUCUGGAGACCCGCCUGAAUGCCCUGGAGGAGUCUAAUGAACUGGCCCAGAAACAGGUAGGCAUGGCCUUGGCUACAGCUGAACAACUCAGGACGUCUGACCUCCCCGCUCAGGUGCUGUCGCUCCACACCGAGAUGAAAACCCGCCUGGCAGAGAUGCAGCAAGCCACCGUGUCGCUGGAGCAACUGAGCCAGCUGCAGACAAUGCUGAAAGGGAAGAGCGAGGAGUUCGAGGGGGUCAGGAUUCAGGUGGCGGAUCUGGCCGUGGUGAGCUCUGAGCUGUCCAGCAAGGUCGAGGUCUUGUCAAGGAGCCUGGGAGAAGCCGAAUCAAAACUGGAGGAGAGAGCUGGACAGGUUGCCGCGCUGAGUGCAACCCUGGAUGGGCAGGCUGCCGCGGUGGUCGGACUGAAGGAGCAGGUGGACACCUACCAGGCUCAGCUUGAGGCCAGCACACUGGAGAUGGCCUCUGUCAGAGGGUUGCUCGAGAGGGAACAGUCCCAGCAGCUCCAGCAGGAUAGUGUGGAGGAGCAGCUCAAACCGGUGGAAGUAACUCAACCUCUUGCUGAGCCUGAGGAAAAGACAGAGGAAGACGAGGCAGCGCCUGCAGCUGAAGAAGAAGAGGCGGCUCCUGCAGCGACAGAAGAUGAGGCGGCUCCUGCAGAAACAGAAGAAGAGGCGGCUCCUGCAGCAACAGAAGAAGAGGCGGCUCCUGCAGCAACAGAAGAUGAGGAGGCUCCUGCAGCUGAAGAAGUAGAGGCAGCUCCUGCAGCGACAGAAGAUGAGGAGGCUCCUGCAGAAACAGAAGAUGAGGAGGCUCCUGCAGCUGAAGAAGAGGCGGCUCCUGCAGCUGAAGAAGAGGCGGCUCCUGCAGCUGAAGACGAGGCAGCUCCUGCAGCUGAAGACGAGGCAGAAGCAGAUGAAGUUGAAGAGGAUCUUCCUGCAGAUGUAGAAGAAGAGGCAGAGGCAGAAGACGGUGGAGAGGCUCUUUCUGAGGACGUAGACGAGGAGGCAGAGGCAGAAGAAGCAGGAGAGGGGAGUGAAGGCGAGGCAGCUGCACAGGAAGCACCUGUCGAGCAGGAGGACUCUGUGACAGAUGAGACUGCUCCUGCAGACGAAGGCGAGGCAGUAGAGGAGGAGCAGAUGGAGCAAGAAGAAGAAGAAGAAGAAGUGGAUAUGACACAGACGGAAGAAGAGCGACAGAGCGUAGAAGAGGAGGCUUCUGAAGGAGAGGAAGUUCAGGAAGAGCCAACGCUCGAGGAGGAGACACUUAAUGUCGAGGAGGAAGUGUCAGAGGGGGAUGAAGGACAGCAGGAGGCCGCAGCUGAAGAGGAGAGCUUCAGUGAAGAGGAGGCAAAUGAAGAAGUAGAGGAGCCGUUAGAAAAUUUGGAUUUACCAGAGGAUGAAUAGUGCAUUAUCACCAGAAAGAGAUUGUAUUCCACACCGGACACAUCCACCAAGGAGGAUGGGGACUUUUCUCCGUCUACAAUAUGACAAAUGCUGUAGGAAGGCAGUAUUGAUUGCUGUUGUAUAGGUGCAUUAUUCAAUAUGUGGAUGCUCUUUUGAAAGGCAGACCUAGUCAAAAGAAAUCAGUCACCAUGCUUGAGUCGGAGCUGAAACCUUGUACCUCAGAAUAUCAGAUGGCUAAUAAGUAAUUCAGGGUUUAGCUGCCAAUAACAACCUCAAAAGCCUUAAUCCAUAAAAAAAGUGACUGUCUUUCUACAGAGCGUUUUCAUAACUCGCACUUUUAUUUUUUCUUACGUCACAGUCUCUGUACUAAACUGGAAAAACUAAAAGCCAAUGAUAUAACAAGAAGCCAUUGCAUAAACUGUUAAUCGAUGCACUUGAAGCCAUACGUAAUGCAUGUCUUGGUGACAUUAAAAUCUGUUUCUUUUUGUCACUGCCUGAAAUGUAUCAUGAGACAAUGUUCCAGAGGGGGGAAAAAAACAGUUGCAUUAACUUAAUGUAUCCCAGUUGUUUACACAGGCAAAACUAAGCCAACUAAGGAACUAGUAAAAACUUAAAAAAAGCAAAAAAAAAACUUUGAUAAGAAAAAACGAGAAGAAUUCCUGAAUGUUUUUAAAGAAUAUGACAAACUGUAGUUGAUAGAUUUUUUUUUUUAAAAGUACAUUUCUGUGAUUAAGUACGUAAAAAAAAAAAAAACUGGAGGUUUGGCUUGUUGUAUUUUUGCACUUUUUAUUUUUUUUUAACGGAUUACAAUUCCAGUCAGACCGAACACACCUGUAGUAUUAUGACAUACAGUGAUCUGAAAGUCUGGGUCCUCUACCAAGAACUGUUUGGCUUCAUCAACAUCAUUCUACAGCUUUAAUGCUUUUUUUUAUUCAAAAGAUUAGAUAAUGUAGUGCCGCUA